GAUUAUCACACAUCGCCAUAAACAGCUGUUUCAACUUAUUUGUGCAUGUUUCGCUGGUAUAUAUUUUGCGUUUAAUAUUUUAUUUUAACACGUGAAGUAAACAAAUAUUCGUUUUUAACAAAUUAGCAAUGAAUUUGUUGCCAAAAUCGCACGAGGAAUUCGCGCAACCUGAAUACUGGAAUUCCUUCUUCACAAAACGUGGUGAGAAGGCCUUUGAAUGGUAUGGCGAAUAUUUGGAAUUAUGUGAGCAAAUACACAAAUAUGUUAAGAAUAUAGAUCAAAUACUAAUGCUAGGUUGUGGUAAUUCCCAGCUUAGCAUGGAUAUGUACGACUCGGGUUUUAGAAAUAUAACAAACAUUGAUAUCUCUUCGGUGGCGAUUCGUAAAAUGUUGGAAGUAAAUGCGCAUAAACGUGCAAGCAUGAAAUUCCUGCAAAUGGAUGCCACGCAAAUGACUUUCGAGGAUGAAUAUUUCUCCGUUGCAUUAGAUAAGGGCACACUGGAUGCGCUUUUUGUUGAUGACACACCAGAGGUGCAUGCAACCGUGGAACGCUACUUCAAUGAAAUCAAACGUACUAUGCGCAAUGGUGGACGUUACUUGUGUAUAACGCUAUUACAAGAACACAUCUUGAAAUACAUUUUAGAUUAUUUCCCACGUAAUGGCUUUAUGUUACGUGUGGUGCAUUGUGCCGAUGCAGAUCGUGCCAAUCAAGAGAAGAAUGCCGAUAAUCCUGAAGUGAUGGCAAUGCCUGUCUUCUUUGUAAUUGCCACCAAGUUUAAAGCAUUACCAAUGCCGAUACUAGAAUUUAGUUUGGGCAAGGAUAAAAUGCAACGUGUACAAACUGCUAGGGAGCUGACAGAUGCUGUGACGGCUGUACAGAGAGCAGCGUUGAUAUGCAAUGGGCUAGCGCGCUCAAAUAUUGCAGGUCACAAUGAAGUGGUAAUGGAUUUGUGUCAACCAGGCGAAUCUACGCCACGCUAUACAGUUCAUGUGCUGGAUCAACCACCGGCAAGAGGCCUUGGUAAAUUUGCGGCAUUUAUAGUACCUCAGGGCAGAGAAAUCGAAUGGCUCUUUGCCACCACACAGGGUCGUAAAAAAUUACAGAGUUCUGCGAAAUUUCAGCGUCUGGCCGUAGUGACACUGCAUCGCGACCAGGAAUAUGCCUCAUUGGACACCGUGAAGGGUGAACUAGCGGACAGUAUCAAGUGCCUAGCACCUAUUGGUCUAACGGAACAGAUACCGUUCUUAUCACUGGGCGUUGAUGUGGGUAAACGUGAAACGCUGGUUAGCGGAUUUUCCAAAAUAUCCGGCGAAUUUCGCAUUGAGGAGGUGGAGGGUGGCGAUGGCAAAGUAUUCCGGCGUCUCAUCUUUCUGAAUAAUCAAUUUGUAGUACAAUCGGAGGCUUUGGUGAAGACAAUAAAACUGAAAGGUAAAAAGGAGCGCAAGAAAAUCGAUUUCGGCUAUUUGGCAUGCCAGCAUCACUUAUACAUGUCUGCUGGCGUACAAUUGACUACUGCUCAAAAGAGCGCUGACAAUGAGUUCAACGAUGUGGUCGUGGUGGGUUUAGGCGGUGGUGGUCUUUGCAGUUUUCUACAUGCCGCUGUGCCUAGCGUGCGUUUAACAGCAGUUGAAAUUGAUCCCAUUAUGUUGGAAGUGGCGGAACAAUAUUUCGAAUUGAAGCAAGACAAUCGAUUUCAUGUGGUUAUCGAUGAUGGCUUGUCAUUUUUAGAAGUUUGCAAAAAAGAAGAAAUCAAAUUCAACGCAGUGCUUUUUGACGUUGACAGCAAGGAUCUGUCGCUCGGUAUGAGUUGUCCGCCGAAGAGUUUUCUGGAACCUGCCGUGCUCACUAACAUUAAGUCCAUUAUUGGCGAUAAGGGACUCUUCAUAUUGAAUUUAGUGUGUCGUGAUGAAGCAUUACGUGACGUCGCCUUACAACAACUACGCGCUGCUUUCAAAGCGGUUUGUUGUUUCAAACUGGACGAGGAUAUCAAUGAGAUUAUUUAUUGUUCAAAUAGUGAAAAGUACAAAAGUAUAGCGGAAUGGAAGAAAGAUUUAGGCGCGGCUGCUAGACGCUUAAAUAAUGCGGCCAAAGAGCAGAAAUUACAUAAGGAUGAUAUGUUAGAGGUUACGGAGUUUUUAAAUGAAUUAAAGAUUUAAAUGAAAUAUAUAUUAAAAGAAAUGUUUAUAAAAAGAAGUGACGUGAAGUGACUUACAUAUAUUUUGAAAUUAAUUUUUGGAUGAUAUUUUCAUUCGUCGAAGUUGCGAAAAAAUAAAUAGUUUUUGACCAAGUGA